GAAGUUUUAUAAUAUUGUGAAUCCGCGGACAUAUUGAAAUGGACGGUUUAAAUUUAAUAUUAUAUUUUCUUGUUGGAGAGUUUCUGUGUAUUUCUUGCUGUAUGAAUAGAGCAGCUUCGGGAUGACUGAGAUUGUUCAUAAACGGCAGGGGCUACCCUACGACCAUCUGGCAAUGAUAAGCACAUCUAUUACUUCAGAUACGAAAUAUUACGUCUUACCGUCGAACUACUCCACUGAAGACCUCAUGACGGGCAAUAUACCAUGCGUGCUAGGGAAACCUAUUCACUCAGACACACCGGAUGUGAGCGGUGAUCAUAACUAUGCUGUUACUGAUCGUGACUUGUUUCUUAUUGUUGAUGAUAUACAACAGGAAACACUGUGGACUGGGUACAGAAAUGACAUCUAUGAGCAUGGUCUACAGGGCGUUCUUCUUGUCGAUAAUAAACACCCUAUUGUAUCUUUUUUACCAAUGGACCUUCUGACAAAUAUUAGCUUUCUCGCGCUUUGUGAACAAGAUACAGGUGACAACGAGCAAGUGACGAAAGGAACUGAGAAUGGGAAGACUGAAACAAAAAUGUUGAUUAUUAUUUACACAGUAUCUGCUGGAUCAUUUCUGACCAUUUCCAUACUGGUCAUGACUAUCAUUAUCUUAAAAUGCAAAAUAAACCGACAAGUGUCACAAGAGAGUCGACCAGCCGUUUCGAAUGCAGCAUACCAAGAUGAGGGGUCGACAAUUUCUAACACACGUGGAAAUGAAACACAAAGUGAAAGUGCUCCUCCGAACAAUGAACGUAAAGAUUAUGAGCAAAUUCGUGAUUCUCAUAUCUUAAAUCAAAGCACACCAGCUCCUGAUAAUGAAUAUGACCAUAUCACAACUGGAAUACUGAACAACACGCCACAAUCUUCGAGCCUGUGUUAUGACAGACUUGAGGAAAAUAACACAAUAGAACAUACACGUGAUAGCAAUGAGGCUCAAACAAAUGUUGAAAAGUCUGAUGUUCUAGUUCCCACGGCAACACCAACAGCAGGCUUACUGGAGAACGAAACGGAAGAAAAAACUGAUGGUUGAUAUUCACAGAAAGCACACAUUCGCCUACACGUAAAUUAACUGUAUCAUUGAAGUAUGUUCUUUUCUACGGAGUACUCCUUUUUGACUGUAUUUAUUAACACUCACACUGAACAUCGAAACGGAAUGAAAAAAAAUCAAAUAUCUGACUCCAUGUCGACGUAAUCCCGAAUUAUCACAGUAUUUGAUACAUUAAGUAGCCUAGCACUAAAUGUUACAAACAACUGCUAAUGUUUGAUUUUCAAACUGUUCAACGUUUGUUAUAUGGUGCUGAAGUCUGGGAUAUAUACGAUUUCAAGGAGAUAUAUUUAUAACAUUUAGAAGUCUCUAAGGAGUACUUGGUGUUAAACCAGGGACAUAAGACGCUGCAUUUUUGGUGAGCAAGCACUUAACGAAGUACUGGCAAAUAGUCAUGAACAUGGCAGACCCGACAAUGCAUUUACUGGUCCUUAUUAACGUUACUAAUAUUGCU